AUGAACAAGAUCACGUCCGACGAGCUUAAUUGUCUAGUCACUCACGAGGGUUCACCAGAGGCCUCACAACUGCUUGGACACCUACUUUCUGAAAUAUUCCAGCCUUUCACAGAACCUCUUCUGGAUACAUCACCAGAUAUCCCCGUGCCACUGUAUGACACUGAAGCAAAGACUUGGAAUUGGGCUCUUCCAGUUGACCCACCUGGAGAUGAUGAUAGCAGCCUUCCGAGUCAGGUCGAGUCAUCGGAGAGCAACAAUCCACAGGAAGCAACCCACAAAGAAAUUUUUGCAGCAUUUCUCAAUGCUCUGGUUGGCUGCUUGGCGGUGUCACAGCCCAAACUAGUAGCCAUGCACUUUGCAACUAGCUCAUGGAGUCUUGAUGCAAUCUCCGAUAACUCUGAUGAGUCUUCUAAUGACUCUACUCAUGACCCAAUGCAAGGGAAUCCGAGUGGCCCUCCCACACAUGACUUGAUAGAUGAAGGGUACUUCCCUGCCCCUCCUCCCCCCCAGUGCACCCCAGUGCAACCCACAGCGCUCCCCUUGGCAGACAAUCUACACCAUAAAGAGAAUUUUUUUGCGAGACGGGGCCUCGUUGGUCGUGGCACCAUUUGCUACUUAGUCACCUUGGACGAUGAAGACUAUAUCAUCAAAGACCAUUGGGUUGUGGGUAAGGAUGAUCAGGUAGUCCUGAACAAGAUCAAUAUGCUCGAGUUGAUGGAUGGUGUCCCUGGUGUUCCAAAGCUGGUAGAUUAUUGGAUUGUUGAACAGUCAGAUGGCACACCCGAGCACCCAGGGCACUAG